CCAGUUACUCUCUGUGUCUUUAAAUUCCCACUGGGUUAUCUAUAGCCUGUGCAGUCGCGAUCUCGCAAUCAGUCGAUCCUCGCAGUCUAUCGAAAAUAGUGCGUUUUAACUUUCAAAUGUUCAUGGAACAAUACGUCUUUGUCAACUGCAUCGAAAACAAGUGAAAACAAGCAUAAAUCCGUGACUCGGUACCAGAAAAUAUAAACUCAAAAAACCGCAUUUUGUCAACAGAAAUUAAAAAAAGUGUUGUCAUUAGACUGGGAAUUUUUAUGCAUUUAUGGGGAAUUUUAAUCCUCAAAAAAAAAACUAUAAAAUGCAUUUAAUAUUUGCAAAAAAUAUAUAAAAAAUACUCAAAGUAAGAUUUAGGACUUGAGACAAAGUUCUAUAAUUCAAAGUUCAUUAAUUCUAUUAAUAAAAAUCUGAAUUUGCAUAAAGAUCUACAGUCUAGCUAUCGCCAUUGUUAAGAGUAUUUUUCAAAAGUGUUUUCUCAAUGACUGUGACCCGAAACGCUUAAUAUCGUUCAUCUGGGUGAGUGUUUAACAGUCAAUUUUCGUAAAUAAAUUAUAAAAAAAAAAUGUCAGAAAAAUGGCAAAAAAAAAAGGUGAAAUAUAGCUUUCGAUCUAUUUGGAUGAACGAUCCAAACUUAAAAUCAUGGCUGCGCGAGGUACCGGAGGACACCACCAUUUUCUACUGCUCCGUCUGUAAAAAAACAUUCAAGUGUCGUUCCUCGAACGUCAAGAGACACUUGGAAUCAGCCAGACACAAAUUUCUAUCUUCCAAACAGAAUUCACCGAAUAACACAACAGAGAGUCUAAAACAGACAACGAUAUCUCAUUGGCUGACAAUUAAGAAGUUCAAACCGUGGCUGCGCGAGAUCGCCGGCGGUCCGCCAUCUUUCUACUGCUCGAUCUGUCAAAUAAAGCUAAAACCCCACUUAUACACGCUAAAUCGCCACGCAGAUUCGAAAUACCACCUGGAGAACUGUGCAGAGAACAGCAUAAACUCGAGUAAAUCAGAUUACGAUAGAAAAUCCGAAAAAGUAGCUUUUUCGUUCGAAGAACAGCGCCAAAUCGCGGAGAUUCGAUUCGCAGCCCUCAUAGCUACCCUAAAUGUCCCGUUUAGAGUCGCUGGACGGAUCCUAGAGUACUUUCAAAGUGUCCCAAAAUUGAUUCUAGACAGUAUGAAGCUAAGUCGAACGAAGUGUACCAAUAUUAUAACGAGGGUUCUGUACCCCCACGAAACGGAUCGUAUUUCAAGCGUUUUGAGGAAUAAUAAGUUCUCGAUUUUUAUCGACGAGACUUCGGACUCGACGAACGAGAAGUGGAUGACUCUGCUGGCACGCUAUGUGGACCCCAGGACCCUGGAUGUUCGAUCGGAGCUGCUGAAACUGAUAAACCUCGACGCCAGAGACUGCAGCUCCGAGAAGAUAUUCUCAGCGUUCAGAAACGAGAUGUGGAGGAAGGAAAUUCCAAUGGAAAACAUCCUGGCCCUGUCCUGCGACAAUGCAUCUGUCAUGGUGGGUCAAUACUGCUCGUUCAGAGCUGCUCUGGAGAAAAUCUUAGGCGAAAAGUUCCUAACUCUGAGGUGUCCCUGCCACUCCUCUGCUUUGGUGGUUCGUGCAGCCUGUAGCACCCUUCCGGACGAGUGCGAGGACGUUUUACACGAGGCAGUGGGCUUCAUAUACUCCAGCCCUAAACGAUCAGCCAUAUUCCGAGAGUUUCAAGAAUUCCAUCAAGUCAAAAACCGAAAAAUUUCAAAAUUGUGCACUACUCGUUGGCUCUCCCAUCAUGCAGCUGUGGUUUCACUGUUGGACAAUUGGAACUGUGUUAUAUCGUAUCUCGGGGAACUAGAUUCCAAUGAGAAGACAAAGUUUGGGGAACGUCUUCUCAUCUUGUUAGAGAAUCCAGAAAUAAAAGGGUGUCUUUACUUCCUGAAAUUUGCUCUGGAAUCUUUCAUCCAGUUCAACGUGUUCUUCCAGAGCCACGAAACUAGGAUCCAUUUGCUCCAACAAUCGUCAAUCUCACUAUUGCACAGAGUGCUUAAAAACUUUAUAAAGCCAGAAAUCCUGAAGCAAGCAAGCACAGUGAUUGAUUUAGAUUUCUCGAGUCAGGGGAAUCAAGUCGAGCUUGAUCAAAUAAACGUUGGUUCGGAAUGCGAGAGCUUUCUCGACGAGUUGACGGAGAAAGGGAAAUCUGACGUGGUCAGAACCGUUCGAGAGCAUUGUUUGCGUUUCUAUGUAACAGCUGCGAAUGAGAUUCGCCAUCGGUUGCCUAUCGAUGAUAAAUUUCUGGGUAGUCUGCGCAUUUUCAGCCAUUAUUGGGCCCUAAUUGACGCGAACAGAUCGAGUUCAUUCAGGGCUGUUCACUUUGUCGCGAAAAAAUUCGACGGUUUUGAUAUAAAAGGGUUGCAAAGGGAAUGGUUCAAGUUGCAUUUGGAUUUUGUUGACAAAGAGAAGGAGAUGCUCUCUACGAUGAAGUUCGACGGGUUGUGGAAGAUGAUUUUAUCAACGAGAAACGAACAGAAUGAGUUUAAAUACCCACAUUUGGGUAGAUUGGUUAAUUCGAUCAGAGCGUUGCCUAAUUCUAACGCGGAGGCUGAAAGAUUGUUCUCUAUGCUGACGGAUGUGAAAACUAGAAAACGUAAUAGGCUUUGUCCGACCUCGGUCAGUGCUGUUUGUGUGUUAAAAUCGUCGUUGAGGACCUCAGCGGGGAAAUAUCGAACUGUAGAGGUGGAUCAGAAACAUUUGUCUCUGAUGAGCUCUGAAAAAUUGUAUGCUACGUCUGUUAAGAGGAAAAAAGGUAUAUCAUGAUAAAACAGUUGACUAAUAGGCUGUCGGUCGGUAAAACAGUCGAUUAAUAGGAUAUCGGUCGGUAAAGUGUUAACACUUUACCGACCAGUACCGAUUGACCCCUAGAUUAUACAGGGUGUUCGGCCGA